AUGAAGAAAAAGAGCAAGGAAGCUGAAAAUUAUGAAAUUGAAGAAACGGAAAAUUGGAUAGAUCAUGUCGACGGAAAUGUACGUUAUCGAAGCUUGAGCUUGUCCAAUCCCAUCUCUUUCAGAUAAUUGACGAAGAAAACGCAGAUAUGGAGACAGAAAAAGUUGUCGAAGAGAAAGAGACGAAAAAUUCAACUGUAAAUUGGGAGGCGAAUCUGUUCAAAGUGCUAGGCAAUCAAGAAAUGAAAAAUUUGGAAGCUUUAAAGUGAGUUUGAUUCAGAGCAGUUCUACUUCAUUGGGCUGUUUUCAGAGUGACGAGUUCGUGGGUUCAAAACGCGACCACAUUCUCAGCGACGAUUGACAGCUUCACUUCCCGGAAACUGUCGAAAAUUGUGCUGCCCGACCAUCUAACAGUCCCUUCGGCCAUUUCUACGUGGUUUCCGGUUCAGUACUCCGUUUUGCCCAUUCUCUUCUCUGAAAUUCGCUCUCCGCCAGCUCUGCGCCCUCGGGAUGUUGCAAUUGCUGCACCAACAGGAAGUGGAAAGACAAUCUGCUACGUUCUUCCGGUACUCGCCGCAGUUGGAGUCAAACCGUCAAAGGUACUGCACGCGGUGAUCCUGGUCCCCGUGCAAACACUCGUUACUCAAAUCGUUGAAGAAUUCCGCCGAUGGAACGGAGAAGCGAGCGUUGCGAAGGUGGUCAGCCUCAGCGGAGCAAACGACUUCGAGAAGGAAGCAAGGCUAUUGGCUUCCGAUCCGCCGAAUGUGAUAGUGGCGACUCCGGCAAGACUCGUUCAGCAUUUGACUGCUGCGAUCCCGCCGCCCAUUGAUUUGACUAGACUUCGGUUUUUGAUCGUCGAUGAAGCAGAUCGAAUGGGCAAACUGAUGAGGGAAGAGUGGCUGGAUCUCGUUGAGUUCCUGUGCGGAGGAAUGGAGAGAGUCGCCUGUUUGAAUGAUAUUAUCCGGCAAAGAAAAGCCCCACAGAAGAUUGUUCUCUCAGCGACACUUUCAAAAGAUGUCGAGGAACUGCAUCUGUGGAACCUCUUCAAGCCACGUCUCUUCUCCGCAACUGCCACGAAAGCUAAGGAUGUAUGUGGCUGCUUGGUUCACUUUCUGAAUUUUCAAUAUGUUCAUUCAGAUUUCAUCUGGAAUUGCUCAAGUAGAUCACGUCUCCGGCCGUCUCGCACUUCCCUCCUCCAUUUCCCAUCGUCUCGUCGUUUCCGAUGCUAAAUUCCAUCCUCUUGCCGUUUAUCAACAAAUCUCCCGCAACAAGUUCAAUCGAACACUCAUUUUCGUUAACGAGGUUGCUUCGUCGAAUCGAUUGGCGCAUGUGCUGAAAGAAUUGUGCAAAGGAGAGUUCGAAGUGGAUUAUUUCACAGCUCAAUUGUUCGGAAAGCGACGCUACAAAAUGCUGGACAAAUUCAACAAAAACCCGAACCGAGUGCUUAUUUGUUCGGAUGUGUUAGCCCGAGGAACCGAUCUGAACCGCGUGGACUGUGUGAUCAAUUACAACUUGCCGGCUGACGACAAGCUGUUCGUGCACAGGGCGGGAAGAACUGGAAGAGCAGGACAAGAUGGAAACUUGAUCAGUGUUGGAGACAAAGAAUCGGUGAGUGCAGAUUAAGUUCACGUUGUGACAAAAUUGAAAUUUCAGAAGCGACUGUUCAUCAAAAUGCUCAAAGUCACAAAUUUGUGGGGAGACACGGUUGAAGAACAAAUGGAGGAAUAUCUGUUUGAAAAAGAUAUGAACAGGUAUUUAUCAGCACUCACCAGAAAAUUUUGCUGAAAAAGUGGUUCUUCAGAUAUUCGAAAGCGCUGGAGAGUUUGAAAGCGGCGGUGUCCGGUCAAGAACGGAACGGCGGUCAAGCGAAUUCGAAACGCUCUGGAUUCGAAGCGAAACGGAAAAGUCGGCCGACUGUGCGCGGAGAGAAACCGUGGCUCAAGAAGAAGGCCGAAGCGUCCUGA